AUGAUCGUCUUUUUGUCGAUUUGUUUUACAUCUGCACAACAAUGUGAUCAACCUGAGAAGAAUGCGCGAUUCAACUGUCAUCCCGAAUCUUCGCCGUCAUCCGAAAAAUGCUUAGCACGCCGUUGUUGUUGGCAACCAAUGAACUCGACCUUGUCCGAUGAAAACGUACCAUCAUGUUAUUAUCCACGAGAUUUUCCGACAUAUCGCGUCAUAAGUAGUGAACCAACAUCGUUUGGUCAACGUUUAAUCAUUAUGAAACCACAAUCGACUUAUAUGCCAAAUGAAAUUCUGAAUUUAACUGUUGAUCUUUUCUAUGAAACAACCCAGCGGUUUCGUUUACGGAUUUAUGAUUCAACCAACAAACGCUACGAAGUACCAUUGCAAGUACCAGUAGUUCAAACAAAAGCGAAUGCGACUGAUUACGAUGUUUCAAUUACUCAAAUGCCUUUCGCUAUUCUUGUCAAACGAAGAUCGACUGGUGUGAUCAUAUUCGAUUCAAGUGUAUCACCGUUGAUAUACGCUGAUCAAUUCAUCAGAUUUUCGAGCGUCUUAUCCAGUCCAUAUCUCUAUGGUCUUGGAGAACAUCGCCAAGCACUUCUGAUUAACGUUACAAAUCAAUGGAAAACACUGCCAUUCUGGACUCGUGAUACGCCACCAGUAGAAAAUAAUAAUCUCUAUGGUGUUCAUCCAUUUCAUAUCAAUGUGGAAAGAACAAAUGAGACACCAGUGAAUUUUCACGGACAGUUCUUGCUUAACUCAAAUGCAAUGGAUAUAGACCUUCAACCGCUACCAGCCAUUACAUAUUUAACCACGGGUGGCAUUAUUGAUUUAUACUUGUUUACGGGACCAACUGCUACAGAUGUUAUUCAACAGUAUUGGGAUGUCAUUGGCAAACCAACACUGCCACCUUAUUGGUCACUAGGCUUUCACUUAUGUCGCUACGAUUACCACACUAUUGAUAAUUUACGAAACGUCAUCAAAAGAAUGAGUGAUGCCCAAUUUCCAUACGACGUUCAAUGGACAGAUAUUGAUGCGAUGUCAUCACAUUUGGAUUUUACUUACGAUGAAGUCCUAUUCAAUGGCUUACCUGAUCUUGUUCGUUCGUUGAGAUCGGAAGGUAAACAUUACGUUAAUAUCAUCGAUCCUGGGAUUAGUUCAACUCAACCUGCUGGUACUUAUCCACCGUAUGAUGAUGGUUUGAGAAGAGAAAUCUUCGUAAAGAAAUUCAACUCAAGUGACCCAAUUAUUGGAAAAGUUUGGCCAGGUACAAGUUAUGAGAUAUUUACACUUCUGAAUGCUAUUUUCAAAUCUAUAGGUUGGACGGCAUUUCCCGAUUUUACAAAUGAAAAUUCAGUGGAAUGGUGGACAAAUAUCGCUGGCACGUUUCAUGAAACUAUCCCUUUCGAUGGAAUUUGGCUUGAUAUGAACGAACCGUCCAAUUUUGUUGACGGAUCUCAGCAAGGUUGUACUAAUACAACAUUGGACAAUCCUCCAUUUGUUCCGCACGUUCUCGGAGGCAAGCUGAGCGCAAGUACAGUAUGCCCAUCGGCGCAACAUGCUCUUUCUUCUCAUUAUAAUCUACACAAUAUUGCAUUGAAAGCAAUUCGAGGUAAACGACCAUUCAUUCUGUCACGUUCGUCAUUUGCUGGUUCUGGUCAAUAUACUGCACACUGGACUGGGGACAAUAAAUCAACAUUCAAAGAUAUGUAUUUCUCCAUUUCAGCCAUUCUCAGUUUUAAUAUGUUUGGUCUGACCAAUGUCGGUGCUGAUAUAUGUGGUUUUGGAUUAGACACAACGGAAGAAUUGUGUACACGAUGGAUGCAGUUAGGUGCAUUCUAUCCAUUUAUGAGAAAUCAUAAUGCUGGAAAGGAUCAAGAUCCAGCUGUGUUCUCCUGGACAGCUCAACAGAUCAUGAAGCAAGCAGUGCUCAUGCGAUACUCGUUGACACCAUUCUGGUACACACUCCAUUAUCAAGCGACAGUAUCAUCGAAAACGCUAAUACAACCUCUUCAUUUCGAAUUUUCUGAUGAUGAAAAUACAUUGGGUAUCGAUCAACAAUUCCUUCUCGGACGUGCUAUUCUUGUUUCACCAAAUCUUAUCUCGAACACGACGACAGUUAAUGCUUAUUUUCCUCGUGAUAUCUGGUAUCAGUACCCAUCGGGUGAAAAAGUCGAGUUCGUCGGUGUAUUUGCAAAUCUUGAUGCUCCUUUGGACAAGAUAAAUGUUCAUAUUCGAGGUGGCUUCAUUAUUCCGAUGCAAAUACCUGGUGAUAAUUUGAUGUUAAGUCGUGGAAAUCCAUUUAUUUUAAUCGUGGCAUUGUCGUCAUUCAAAAAUGCGACUGGAAAUUUAUUUUGGGAUGAUGGAGAUUCGAUUGAAACGAAAAUCUAUAACUACUUUGAAUUUUCGUCCGUUGAAAAUACGUUGACAAUCAAUGCAACCGUAACCAAUUACAGAGAUUCACCAAUGCGUUUAGAACUUGUCCGAAUUUUUGGUGUUAAUCAAUCAGUUACAGACGUUAUUGUCAAUGGAAAAGAACAUAUCGACUUCUUUCACAAUAUUUCUGAUCAAGUUUUAGUGAUCUAUGCUCUCGAUUUAGCCAUGAUCGAGCAGACUAUUCAAACCAUCCGAUGGAUAACAAUGAAAUAG